GGCUGCAGGGAAGCGAGCGGGGCGCCGGGCUGUAGCGAAGGGUGCGCGCGGGUGGAGGCGCGCAGCCCGCAUGGAGGCGCCGAGGAGCGCGCCGCGGGAGCGGGAGCGGGAGCGCGCUCGGACCACCUCAGGAAGUGAUCAAGUUCAUUCUUGGAUACUAGUUUCAAGCCAAGUCAUUAGUGCUGCCUGGAGAAUAGCAAGGGUCUCUGCAAUGAUGGCGCUCUCUCUUCUCUCAGCUACCCUCAGCUACUUCAGAAGCCUGUAUUUAUAUUUAGGGCAUCAGCUGAAAUGGCAGAUUGGCUAUCUACAGAGAAAGUUCAAAAGAAACCUCAGUGUGGAGGCAGAAGUAGAUUUACUCAGUUAUUGUGCAAGAGAGUGGAAGGGAGAAAGCCCGCGUGCCAGGCUGAUGAGGAAGGCCUAUGAGGAACUCUUCUGGAGGCACCAUGUUAAAUGUGUUCGACCAGUGAAGAGAGAUAACUACGACGCCCUCAGGUCUGUGUUGUUCCAGAUCUUCAGCCAAGGCCUCUCUUUCCCGUCAUGGAUGAAGGAAAAAGACAUCGUUAAGCUUCCUGAAAAACUACUCUUUUCUCAAGGCUGUAACUGGAUCCAGCAGUACAGUUUCGGGCCUGAGAAGUACACAGGUUCCAAUGUGUUUGGAAAGUUACGGAAAUGUGUGGAGUUACUGAAACUGCAGUGGACUGAGUUUAGUGGGAUGAGAGACUACCACAAGAGAGGGAGCAUGUGUAACAGCCUCUUCUCCGACGCCAUCCUGGAGUGUAAACUGUACGAAGCCUUGAAGUUCCUCAUGCUCUACCAGGUCACGGAAGUGUAUGAGCAAAUGAAGACCAACAAGGUUAUCCCCAGCCUUUUCAGACUCUUGUUUUCCCGGGAGUCAUCAUCGGAUCCUUUGAGCUUCAUGAUGAAUCACCUGAAUUCCAUAGGCGACACGUGUGGUCUGGAUCAGAUUGACAUGUUUAUACUCGGGUAUUCUCUUCAAGUAAAGAUAAAAGUGUUCCGACUGUGCAAGUUUAACUCCAGAGACUUUGCAGUCUGCUACCCUGAGGAGCCUCUCAGGGAGUGGCCAGAGAUCUCUCUGCUGACCGAGAAUGACCACCAAUACCACAUUCCUGUCUUUUAAGUCUGCCGUGGACUGAACAUCAGCUCUUCUCAAUGACAGUGGGCACACUUGCAGAAAAGCGCUUCUGAAAACCCACGGUAGUGCUUCAGCCAAGGAGGGCUCCGGAUGGGUGGAGAGAGCCAGGUGGUUCGAGUUCUGUCUCAGUGAUGUCCUUGUUUCAGGGAUGUCCUCCACAAGCACACGUCUGUGGUUUGGUGGGUUGACUUUGUCCAUUGAGGGAUCCGCUGGGUUGGGUCUUUAAGAGAAACUUAAUAUGGACAAAAAUUGGAAGGGAAACAGCUAACCUGAGCAGCAGGAUUUUUUUUUUUUUAUUUCUGAUCUUCAUGUUCUUUGGUAAGAAUCUCUCUGUGGAUUUGAAACAGUCAUAAAGAAACAAAGGCCAAGUUUCACAAGCAUUACCCUCCUGGGAGUCUUUGUUGUUUACUAAUUUUUCCAGAACAGCCUGAUUAAUGUUAAAAUGCUGUGUAUGUUUAUGUACAUGUGUGUUUAUGUAGACACACAAAUGUAUGUAUUUAUAUAUGCACAUACACUGCAAACAAACCCUGGUUUGUAAUAUUGUACAGUUUCUUUACAUCUCUACUUUUUUUUUUUUUUGGCAUUUUUGAAUCUGGCAGGCUUAAAU